CAUGUACCACACGACUGCUUCUUCAUCAACAAAGCCAAAUGGUAUGGUCCCUCGAACCAAAGCAUAAUCAGCUUCCCUAUCCAAGGCCACUUUGAGUACAAUCCCGGUAAUGUGGCACUCACAAGCAAUGGGCUCUUUGACACUGUCGUCGACUACUACUGGUUAUCUUCCCAUGGCACAGCUGUGUACGUAAACGCUGACAACCCCAUUCAGAUGUCGUGGAACACUUCAGGAAGUAACCAGCUUUGUCUACGAAGCAACUUCUCCGGGUCCUUGUACCAUACAACCAACAAAGUUCAACAUCCUACGAUGAACUAUACAAUCUGCCAGGGAACCGAUCCCUUGAAAACCCACAUCCUUAUGCAGAAACUGUUCUCUCCCAGCAGCGUACAACAACCGUCUGAUUCAGUUCUCCAGAGGGCCCACUGGUCUGUAAAGAGUAUAGCCAAGACUGAAAACGUCAAUGAAAGUCAUGUGAAGAAUCUUCUGGAUAAUAUUUCACGGUAUGGAUUUGGAAGUAGUGCUGUAACACUUGAUGGCAACUGGCAGAAGUAUCAUGGUGACCUGACUUUUGACGAACAACGUUUCUCAAACGUCACAGAAAUGAUGAACACUGUGAAUACAUCGGGAAGUAUAUUGACUCUUGGAGUCAGUCCGUAUUUUCAAUACAGAAGUCAGAAUUUUCACAAGGGAGUUGAAUCCAACAUGUUUGUGAAAGAUGCAGGAGGUGAAGUCCCUGGUCUCACCAACUUCCAAGGUCUGUUAGCGGCUGUUCUGGACGUCUUUUCGGCCACUGGCAGAGACUGGUACAGGGACAAGCUGCAGGUUGAUCAUUCAUUACAUAAUAAUUGUCCAUUCACUACUCUCAUUUAUGAUCAACAAAUUACGUCGUACCGUCUGACAUAUGGACACAGAUCAUGGUUGCCUUACAAACCACACUUUGAACAAGCGAACGCUACACCAAACACGUACAGGAAACACAUAAGUGACCUCUUCGGCAACCUGCCGGGUGUGUCAUUGGUCAUGGAGCAUACAUCUGAUUCCCGCCACCUUGCCAGUUUGAUUCCGGUGACGACAGGAUUAUCUGAAGACAAGAAAUGUCUUACCGGCCUCAUUGAGACCGCUUUAACUUUGGGCCUAAUGGGAUAUCCCUUUGUCAUGGCCGACGGCAUCAAACUUGCAGCUAAUGAGGAUAAACCUUCAAGGGAACUGUACAUCAGAUGGCUUCAGCUUGUCUCCCUAUUUCCCGCCUACCAGUACUCUGUUGCACCAUGGGAAUACGAUCAGGGGAUUAUCUCUAUGGCAGUAAAUUUAAGCCUCCAGCGCAACAGUGGAGUGCUAAAGGAGAUGAAGAGGCCGGAGUUGCAGGCAGAAGUAAAAAAUGGCUACCCCAUUUUAAGACCAGUCUGGUGGUUAAAUGGGUCAAACCAUUCUGUGCAUGAUUUGGGAAUAAAAGAUGAAUUUCUCAUAGGAAACUACCUGCUGGUUGCUCCAAUACUUUGUGAAGGCACAACAGAGCGAGAUGUCUAUGUUCCACCUGGUGUGUGGGAAAAUCUGGAUACAACAGCCAUUGUUCUAGGUCCCACGACUAUCAAAAUACAUAAUGUAACACUGGAGAGUCCUGUAAUGUUCCAGAGGAGAUCCGUUGCUGGGGAGAUGUGA